AUGGCUGAACUACGUGAUCAAGUAUCCCAGUACAUAGGCUUCGAACCAAAUGAAAUUCGCCUCCCGAUCACAGAAGAGAAUAGGUGGUUAUUUAGUAAGAUAAUAGCAGAUCAGGAAGGAAUAGUAGCAGAUAUCGUAACGGGUAACAGAAUCCAUAUUGGAUGGUUAUUUCCAUUUACGAUGGCCCAAGCUAAAAAA